AUGUUAUAUAAACUUGUUGUACUUGGGGAUGGUGGUGUAGGCAAGACAGCACUUACAAUUCAGACAUACGAUCCCACAAUUGAAGAUUCAUAUCGAAAGCAAGUUGUGAUAGAUGAUCAACCAUGUGUUUUGGAGGUAUUGGAUACGGCAGGGCAAGAGGAGUAUACUGCCCUGCGUGAUCAAUGGAUCAGAGAUGGUGAAGGUUUCCUUCUCGUAUAUUCAAUAUCAUCUCGAUCUACAUUUGAACGGGUACAACGAUUUCGGGAUCAAAUAACUCGGGUCAAAGAUUCAGAUUCGGUUCCUCUUAUGCUUGUUGGCAACAAAUGUGAUAAAAUUACUGAACGGGAGGUUUCACGGGAAGAAGGCAUGAAUAUGGCUCGACAACUUGGAUGUGAAUUCAUCGAAAGUUCGGCAAAAACAUGUGUAAAUGUUGAAAGAGCAUUUUACACAGUUGUCAGAAUGAUACGGGCUGGUCGUGAGGGUGGGAAAGAACCUAAAAAAAAGAGAAGGCUAUGCUUAUUAUUAUAA